AUGCACUUCGACGACGGCAUGGACGAGAUCAUCACGCUGCCCGACGACACCGUGCGCCUGACCGGCGAGGCUGUUGUUGCGCGGUGCAAGUGUGCCCGGGCCCGGUACAUCACCAAGGCGAGGCUCGACUUCAACCCAUUCUCGUCGGGAUCGACGCUCGGCUUCCUCGCAGAGCUCAAGGCGAAGAGCGUCAGGGAGGCGGUGCCGAAGAUGGAGGUGACCAUCAACCGCGUGACGGACGCCGCUGCUCCUCCGCGCCUGAUGCUGACUUUUGUCGACGGCCGGGAGACGCCAGUCGACCUGGGGAAACUGAGCGUAAAGGACACAUUUGCGCAGAUAGAGCUGGAGACUGGGAGGCUGGACCUAGAAGCCAUGCGUCGCGGGAAGCCCUGGCUAUAG